GUGCAGAGCCAGCCUCUCAGAAUGUACGCCAGAGAGUCUUGCGGGAAGCAGGAGAAGACCCAGAAGAAAGGCCCGGCCUCCGAGCCCGGCUUCUACGAAGACGAGAAGAGAGAGAAGAGAGGCCUGACCGAAAGUUCGAGAAGUCCAAGCUCAGCGGCAUCAAGCCCUGCCCUGCACAGGACUAAGAAGGGUGCGAGCGGAGCGCCCGAGUGCAGGCCUCGAGACCCUCAGCUGACCCCUGGCAGGAGGAAGCAGGACCCUAAGCCCGACUGCCAGGCUGGAGAGAGGAAGUCGGUCACAAGAGAGGCGAAGCAGGAGAAGCCCCCUGGAGCUCCGGGCGGCUCGAGGAAAUGCGUCUGGGAGAAACUCCAGAGGGCCCAGGCUGCCGAGGGUCCCGACCCGCCCGGCCAGGAGCCCCUGGACUCCAGGAGGAAAAGGAUCAGCUUCAGAAUCCCCGUCCGGGCCCGCGACUCCCCCCGGAAGCCCUCCGAGACAAACGCCUUCAGAUCCCCGUUGGAGGCGGGGGAGGAGAAAAAGGGCGCAGGAGACUCCCGGGGCUUGCCGAGGGGUUUGCCGAAGGCCAGGGAGUCCCGGAGCGCACUCCCGUUGGCAGGGCCGGCGUCCACAUCGGCCGUUGGCGAGUGGACCGGGAGAGACGAACAGGAGCCUCGCGGCCGGAGCCAGCCGCAUCCUGGUGGGAAGGUGUCUGAGCAUUUCGAAGCACCCUGCUCCUCCGUGUCGCCCAAGAGCAGCCAAGAUACAGAUGAAGAGAUGCAGAUCGUGGAAGAGCUUCACGCUGCUAGGGUGGGCAAAAGUAUGGAUUUACUGGCGGGUCCCACCCCAGGGGAGCUGAUGAGUAUGGAGAUCGACCUGGCGGAAGAGGAUGUCCAUCCCUCUGCCGCAAAUCCGGCUUCAGACCAAAAGCUUCUAAUUGUCAUUGACACAAAUAUUCUGAUGAAUCACCUCAAAUUUGUUAAAAGUUUGAAGACCACAGAAAUCCCAGGCUUUGACGGACUCGUGUUGAUCAUUCCCUGGGUGGUGGUCCAGGAGCUAGACCGCAUGAAGGACGGGAAACUGCUGAAGCACGUGCAGCACAAGGCCAUCCCCGCCGUCCACUUCAUCCACGACGGGCUGCGAGAGCCGGAUCGGAAGCUCUGGGGUCAGCCCCUCCAGCUGGCAGCCCAGAAACUCUACGGCCUGAGCGAUGAGAACAGUGACGACCGCGUGUUAAAAUGCUGCCUGCAGUACCAGGAGUUAUUCCCCUGUUCUCUUGUUGUUCUGUGCACGGAUGAUCGAAAUCUAAGAAGCAAAGGCCUCAUCAGCGGCGUGAAGUCGCUCAGUAAGGAGGAAUUGAGUGCCGAGUUCCGCAGCCCGACCCUCAGCGCCGCCACCAGCCAGCCCGGGCUGCCUCAGCCGCCCCCCAAAACGGAAACGAAGCCCUCAGAAGGGCGCCCCUUGGAAGAUGCCGCAGACUCCGAGCGCAUUCGGCUCAGCGAGUUCAUGUCUCAGCUGGAAAAGUCUCUCGGCUCAGCCUUGUCGUCGAUCCUGGAGACGGAGAUGAAGCUUGCCUUCGGAGACCUCUGGGUAGAGGUGCUGUAUUUGAAGCCGCCCUGGACCCUGCUACACUUGCUGCAGUGCUUUCGCAAACACUGGCUGGCCGUAUUUGGCCUGGCUGUGGAGAAGGGCUUGCUGGCAACCGUUGAGAGUCUCUAUGAUAACCUCUCUAAAGCAAACAGGGCGGUGGAUCUGGUGACGGUGAAGUUCCUGCUCCAGGACGCGAAGACCUUGCUCCUGGCCUUCAGCGCGAGGUCCAACUACGACGGGGUUCUCCCACAGGCCUUUGCGCACGUGACUGGGCUCCUCCAGGCCUUCUCGGAGGUGAAGGUGAAGGCAGCGGGCACCGGGCAGGGGGGAGCGGCCCGGCAGUCCCGCAGCCAAGAAGUGGCCGCUUGCUCGGCCCCUGCCCUUCCCCCGGCCAGCAGGCAUCAGGAGAUCUGGUCCGUCCUGGAGAAAGUCUGGACCACCAUCUAUCAGAGCAGCACAGAAGUGUUCCAGGCCUUGGGCUCAGACGCACCUCCCGUGUCAUCAAAAAUAGCAUCCUUGGAAGAGGCGUUUCUCUCUCUCCAGAAGUUAAUGGCCGCCGCCAAGGACAUUCUUGAGGGAAUCCAGAGGAUUUUGGCCCCCAACAGCAGUUACCAAGAUAUUGAGCCCCUCUACAGCUCCCUGGUCAAGUAUGAGGUCAACGCACACAUCAGGUUCACCGCCCGGGAGCUUUACGACUGUGUGUCGCUGGCCGAGUACCGGGAGAAGCUGGCCAUCGGCUGUGGGCAGCUGGAGGAGCUGGAGGGCGCCAUGCGGCAGUGCCACGCCCACGUCUGCCUGGGGGCCCGGCCACCGCCCACGACUUAGCGCCUCCCGGGGAACGCCGCCACGGCGGUGGCACUGGCAAGUCACCUUGGGCAGCCACGUGGGCUUGUCCUGGUGUCUGGGGGCGCGCGGCGCUGCUGGGCAGGCGGGGGCCCUGGUCAGGACAGCACCGGGCAGGCACCAUCAGCCAGGGUGUCGCAGCGGAGACACGAGGCCGCGCC